AUGGCAUCAACAACCAACUCACGCCGCGAACCCAACGCAACAGUAGCCGCAACGCGCAAAGCGGAAAUAGGCGUCCAAAUCGACGACCUCUUGAGCGAAGAGCGUGAGAAAAUGGAAACGAGAAAACGCGAAUUCUCAUUCAAGCGCCUCGAGGGCCAACUCGAGCACAUGUACACCAUCUACGACAAAGUGUGCGACGAGCUGCAAGAGGAACGCUGCGCGACCUCGCAAUUGAAGUAUGAGAUGAUGUUGGAAAACAUCAACUACGCGAAUGAGAUGGCGGAGUUGAAGAAAUUGAGGGAUUUGAAGGUGGAUUAUGAGAUUCUAUUGCAGAACCAUGAGAGCAGAGAGAAGAAGGUGUUUGCGCUCCAGGAAGAGCUGGGGAAGGAGAGAGAGGAGAGGGUUCAGGAGGAACGACUUACGUCGCGGCUUAUUACGCGGAAGGUGGACGAGAAGUGGGAUGUUGAGGGGGAGUUGUUUGAAGCGCGGGAGGCGCUGGGGGUUGCGAAUGGGAGGAUUGAGGAAACGAAUGGGGAGGUGGAGGAUUUGAUGAUGGUGGUUCGGAAGCCGGGCUUGAAGGAGAUGUUGGCAGGGUUGAGAAAGGAGGUCGUUGCACUUGAGGAUGGGGAGGUGGUUGUGGAGAAGGAGGUGGUGAAAAAGGAGGACGCCCCGGAGGCAGUCAACAUCUAUAAGUGGAUUUUGAUGAUGAUCCUGCUUGGGUAUAUCACCUGGAACUUCUUCACUACACCAAGAGCUAUCGUCGCCAUGCUCGUCUCGGUCUACUCCGCUUUGUCGAAUCUUUUAGCGGCGCCGGCGACUCUACAAGAGCAGAUGAUGUUGCAACUCGAACAAGGCAUCGUACUUACCUUUCUGGCAUCGGUGGUAUACAGUUACAAAGCUUCUCAGCCGACCGAGAAGGAGAAGGGAGACUCGGGGGGUGAUGACCAGAUUCCCAACAUGGUUGAGAACGAUAACGACACAACUUGGAACGCGAUCCUCAAUAGCAGAGGAUGA